UUUCUUUUGCCCUCACUCUUUUUGCAGUUUGUACCCGAAAAGCUUUCAAUUCUUUCAAAAACCAAAAAUAAAAAAUUUAAAAUAAAAAUUCCCAAUCUCUCGAUUCCAUUCGCUAAAAAGUUGCUUCCCUAUUACAAAUUUUAUAAAUCUUCAUUUAGUCAUUUAGUUAUUAGAUCUGUUUCUCUUUGUAAUUUGAAUCCUCGCACCCAUUUCCAAAUUUCAGAUCCAUUAUUUAUUAUAAUUCAAUCAAGGUUUUGCGUGAUUAUCUUGUUACUUGGUAAAAGAGAGAAUGGGGUAUAUAGGGACACAUGGAGUAGCAGCACUACACAGAUACAAAUACAGUGGAGUGGAUCACUCUUAUGUUGCUAAAUAUGUUUUGCAACCCUUUUGGACUCGUUUUGUUAACUUCUUCCCUCUUUGGAUGCCACCAAACAUGAUCACACUUACAGGAUUCAUGUUUCUAUUGACUUCUGCUCUGCUUGGCUAUAUAUAUUCACCUCACCUGGAUACAGCUCCUCCGAGAUGGGUUCAUUUUGCGCAUGGAUUACUUCUUUUCUUAUAUCAGACUUUUGAUGCUGUUGAUGGUAAACAAGCACGGCGGACAAACUCCUCAAGUCCAUUGGGAGAACUUUUUGACCAUGGAUGCGAUGCACUUGCUUGUGCGUUUGAAAGCAUGGCUUUUGGUAGCACUGCCAUGUGUGGAAGGGACACUUUCUGGUUUUGGGUUAUUUCAGCUGUCCCAUUUUAUGGUGCAACAUGGGAACACUUCUUUACAAAUACUCUGAUUCUUCCUGCUGUUAAUGGACCUACUGAGGGGCUGAUGCUAAUAUACGUUGCUCAUUUUUUCACUGCAUUAGUUGGUGCUGAAUGGUGGCCCCAGCACUUUGGAAAGUCUUUUCCCUUUCUGAAUUGGGUGCCAUUUAUCAGUGAAAUCCAAACCUACAAAGCUGUGCUCUAUUUAAUGAUAGCUUUUGCUGUUAUGCCAACAAUUGCAUUCAACGUGUCCAAUGUCUACAAGGUUGUUCAAGCAAGAAAAGGCAGCAUGUUACUGGCAUUAGCCAUGCUUUACCCUUUUGUUGUGCUUAUGGGAGGCGUCUUGGUGUGGGAUUAUUUGUCUCCAUCUAAUUUAAUGGAAAGUUAUCCUCAUUUAGUUAUCCUUGGAACUGGACUUGCAUUUGGUUUUCUUGUGGGGAGGAUGAUUCUGGCCCAUUUGUGUGAUGAACCAAAGGGAUUGAAAACUAAUAUGUGCAUGUCUUUAUUAUAUCUACCAUUUGCCAUUGCAAACGCCUUAACAGCCAGACUUAAUGAUGGAGUUCCUUUGGUUGAUGAGUUCUGGGUUCUACUUGGUUACUGUUUAUUUACAGUGGGACUCUAUUUACACUUUGCAACAUCUGUCAUUCAUGAAAUCACGACAGCCUUGGGCAUUAAUUGCUUCAGAAUAACAAGGAAAGAAGCUUGAAAAAUGCAGGUUGGAGUUUUGGCAGUUUGCACUGUCCUGAAGUGAUGGGAGUUCUAUAUGUUCAGUUAUUGAUUUGGCCAGCAUGUCAGGAGGAAUGAAGGAUAUUGAUGAUUAGGGCACAUUGUUUUUGGUUUAAGUCUUUGGCGAUAGGUCUGUAACUUGAUCCGGGGCAGUCUUGUUCCAACCAUAUAUUGUUGCAAAUUAAUUAUUUCACAGUAGCGUAGGCAAUUUGAGUCUGGCAAACCUUUUCAUAAGUAGUUAUAUGUUUUGAAUUCUUAAGAUUUAUAUAAUGUGAGGAUGAGAGUGAGAGCUGGGAGGUGUUGGGGAGUCGGUUGCUGUUUGCUAUAUUUGUUGAUGGAUGAACUUGGGGUUAUUACUAGCAACAGGCUUUAGGUACAAAUUAGUUGCAUAUGAUUAUUUUGGGGAGCUGCCAGUUGGAAUCACUCAAGAGUGGGAUCUUUUUGAUUUUUGUAUUGGCUUUGUACGGCUAUGUCAUCAACGCAUCAUAAGAUUUGAUGAUAAAAGUUUUGGUUAAUUCUAAAUCUCAAUCGGCUAGAAGCAUUCUUUUUA